CUCUUCCUAUUUCACCACUUUUCUAAUAUCACCCUCAGGUUAUCUCUUUCCCAUAUUCACGGACAAUCUGCGAUGUUUUUCGUACCGCUCGGCGUAAAAUAGACGCCAUUUCCAAAUCUUCCAUCUGAAACCGAACUUUCGCACCGUUUCCCUGCUCCAGACGAUCCACAAUCUACUUUCGUACCGGGAUUCCACGUUACAACUCGGAGGAGGCGACCAAGUAGUCCGCUAGUCCGGCGCAAAACGCGCUCGUCAAGGCAUUUUUUCUGACGAACUACCGUCUCUUCUGAAUACCUGUCGAGCACUGCGCAUACGCUCCUCACAAUGUCGUUCGCAGCAGCACCAGUCGACCCGCCGAAGCUGCGGGACGACAGCAAAAAGCGGGUGGCAUAUUUCUACGAUUCCGACGUCGGCAACUAUGCGUACGUCUCAGGACAUCCAAUGAAGCCUCACAGAAUACGACUUGCCCACUCUUUAGUUAUGAACUAUGGGCUCUACAAGAAAAUGGAGAUCUAUCGCGCGAAGCCGGCGUCCAAGUACGAGAUGACACAGUUCCACACCGACGAGUACAUCGACUUCCUUGCCAAGGUCACUCCAGACAACAUGGACUCGUACCCCAAAGAACAACAAAAAUACAACGUGGGAGAUGAUUGUCCCGUCUUUGACGGCCUCUUCGAAUUCUGCGGAAUUAGUGCGGGUGGCAGCAUGGAAGGCGCUGCAAGACUGAACCGACAAAAAGCGGACAUUGCUAUCAACUGGGCGGGCGGUCUGCAUCACGCAAAGAAGAGCGAAGCCAGUGGUUUCUGCUACGUCAAUGAUAUCGUCUUGGGCAUUCUCGAGCUCUUGAGAUUCCACAAGCGGGUUCUCUACGUCGACAUUGAUGUCCACCAUGGUGACGGUGUCGAGGAAGCUUUCUACACUACCGACCGAGUCAUGACCGUCUCCUUUCACAAAUACGGCGAAUAUUUCCCCGGCACCGGCGAGCUUAGAGAUAUCGGCGUGGGAUCAGGGAAGUAUUAUGCUGUCAAUUUUCCCUUGCGGGACGGAAUCGACGACAAUUCGUACAAGGGAAUUUUCGAGCCGGUCAUUCGCGCAACUAUGGAAUACUAUCAGCCUUCAGCUGUUGUGUUACAGUGUGGUGGUGACUCACUAUCCGGCGAUCGUCUCGGCUGUUUCAACCUCAGUAUGAGAGGCCACGCAAACUGCGUUCAGUUUGUCAAAUCCUUCAAUCUGCCCACACUCAUCGUUGGAGGUGGAGGCUACACAAUGCGCAAUGUUUCCAGGACGUGGGCAUUUGAGACGGGUUGCUUGGUUGGCGAAAACAUGCAGGCCAAUCUCCCCUACAACGACUAUUACGAGUACUAUGCACCUGAUUACGAGCUUGACGUACGACCCUCCAACAUGGAAAACGCCAAUUCAAGGGAAUAUCUCGAGAAGAUCCUCUCACAAGUGGUUGAGAAUAUGAAACGGACUGCCCAUGCACCGUCAGUACAAAUGACAGAUGUGCCAAGAGAGUCCUUGGGCAUGAAUGAUGAGGACGAAGCAGCACUUGACGAUAUGGAUGAGGAUGAAAACCCAGACAAACGGAUAACUCAACGCAAGGCAGACAAAUACGUGGAAAAGAACGGCGAAUUGUCCGAUAGCGAGGACGAGGAUAUGACUGGCAUGAAUGGGCAAACAUCCCGCCGAAAACUGCGCGCCGCUCAGAACUAUCGCCAUAUCAUGGAUGUAGGAGGCAAUGACUCGGGAGUCGAAACGGGAAGUGCCUUGGGCACCCCCGCGCAGGGCUCCAGUAUACCCGAUGCGGAUGAUGCUGACGAGAUGAACGUCGAUGAGGUGGAGGACAAAGCUGAGCCAAGUGCAGCGAACGCGAACACUGCUGCCCCUGAAAUUAACGGUUCUGCACCGAAUGGUACUGCAGCAGUAUCUGGACCGCCUUCUCCUCGUCCAGCAUCUGCUUCUGCCCCUGCUGGCGACGGAGACGGAGAUGUCGAGAUGGGAGAAGCAGAUGCCGAUGGGGACGCUGUCAUUGCAGAUGCAAAUGCAGCUGUGGAUGCGGAUGUGACUCAGGAGACGACUGCCAAUGCAAAUGCAAAUGCCGUCGCCCCUGAUUCCUUGCCGCCGGCCGUCGAGGAAGAAUCCACCAUCACGGUCCAACAACAACAGACGCCACCGGAAUCGCCACCGACGCCGCAACAAGAAGAAGAACCUAGUGCUGCACCUGAUACUAGUAACGCCGCAACCGAGGCAGCUAGCGAAGCUCCUGCGCCGCCUCCUGCCGUUCCCGCCGAAGCAGAGCAAGAGCCGAGCACUGAAACUGCUACUGUUUCUGUGCCGGUUCCCGAGGUGGCACCAACAGCGACGACCGAGCCAGAAGCCACCGGAGCAACGGCAGAAGAAGCCGCAAUCAAGGAAGAGGUUACUGUUGGCGACGAGGUUGCACAAGCGCAGGAAGAAGGGCGGAUGGAGAGGGAGGCAGUGAAUGCCGAAGGAGAAGCCCGCACGGAGGCCGCACAGAAGGUUGAGGAGGAGUCAUAGCAAUUAAUGAAUCGCUGAGUUCGAGCUGGAGCGGAGCCGGGGUGCGAGCUGCGGAAAAAAGAUAUGUAUUUGUUACGCUAGCUAGGCGCAGGGUACUCAUGGGCUUGGGGGUGAUGAAGACCGUCCGGGCUUGACAGGCGAAAUGGGAGGCAUAUGAUGAUUGUUUUUUCGACCCAAUAUAUCUUGUUUUUAAAGAAGUGCUUCUUUGUUUUCACGGGACCCUUUUGCUCUUUUGCAGUUUGAUAAAAUACCCAGUUACUUAAGGUGAUUACAUACUAGCGAGUUGAAGGUAGUGCUUCUCGCCCAGUCUGGGCCAACGGAUAAUGCAGGGGAGUACCGCUACCACUGCUGCUACCACCGCCCUGGAU